AUGAUAUUAGAAGGUCGUGUAGCUAUAAUAACAGGUGGUCUAAGUGGUCUAGGAAGAGCUGUUAUCCAACGUUUAAUACAAGAUGACAUUAAAGUUAUCUGUAUAUUUGAUUGUGAGGUACCAAAAUCCUCAGUAUCUAAGCCAUCUAAUGUACACUUUGAAAAAGUUAAUCUAACUGAUUUCUCAUCAAUUCAAGAAGCCUUAAAGAGAGUAGUUAAUAUGUAUGGAAGAGUAGAUAUAUUGAUUCACUGUGCAGGUAUAACACAUUGUGCAACACCUAUAAUACAGAGGGAAGUUGAUGGUAGUAUAUUAGACAAUAAUAGAGAUAUUCCAGACAUAUGGGAAGAAGUUAUCAAAGUUAAUGUUAUUAGUACACUCAAUACAAUCCAUUGUAUAGCUCCUUACCUAGCAAGAAAUACUGAUGAUGAAAAGGGUGUAAUUAUUCUAAUCUCAAGUAGUGUUGCAAGAGAUGGGUCUAUUCAUAACCAGGGCUAUAUAGCUUCGAAAGGUGCAAUCAAUUCAAUUACAUUACCAAUAGCUAGAGAAUUAGGUCCAAUGGGUAUACGUGUAGUUACUAUUGCCCCAGGUAUAUUUGAUACUCCAGUGAUAAGGAGGUCAAUAACAGAUGAUGAUUCAUCAAAGCUAUUGGAUUCAAUCCCUUUGGGUAGAUUUGGGGAUCCAGAUGAAUUUGCACAAAUCGUUGUAGAAACUGCUAUUAAAUCAUCGUACCUAACAGGAGAAAUAAUUCAUAUUGAUGGAGCCUGGAGAUCAACAUUUACAAAUGUAAGCAGAAUGCAAAGGUUAUCUGUAAAUGAGAGUAAUACAAAUGAAAUUCCUAGUCAAACAGAGGUUGAAGAGAAUGUACUUAACUAG